UUUAUUUAAACUCUGAAUUGUAUAGACUGUAUUAAUAUAUAUUUUUGCUUAUUGAUGGUAUUUUCUACAAGCAUCCUACAAUUAAGAGUCCAUGAAGGUGGAACUAAGAUGACCCAAAGGCACAUCCUCAGAGGAGUUUUCUCUUAUCAUGGCUGAAGUAAUUGGAUCAUUAUAUAUCUGCUCGGUUUUUAUUGUUUCCUUCUCCUUUUCAAGAGGACAGUCCAAGACCAUGAAGAGGAAAGAAAUUCAAAGAAAAUAAAGUUGUCAACACCUACUGAGGAAGCUGAGUUUGAAGUAGGCUUUUCAGUGUCUGAUAUCUCGGACAAGUAUAAGGUAUGAUGCAUGCAUGUUACACUAAUGUAUUCUGUGCAUUAGCAUAGACAAAUGAGAUUCUUUUAUUGUAACAUUCAAAGAAUUUGCUCUCUUUAUCUGUUUUUGAUGCUGCAUUGCUACCAAAGUGGAAAGCAUUCCAGACAAUCAUAUACCUUGAGAGGGUGAGUUUCCAUCUUUUGGCAAAAUUCAACAUCAAGUCCAACUUUUGUGGCAGUUGCCAUGCUAAAAUGAAGUAUUUGCUGGGGGUUUUCAUGGCUGUAUCCUUUACCAACAUUCACGUUAGUUAUGUCAAUGCUCUAGCUUCCAUCCUCUGUUUCCUU